AUGUCAAAUAUUGGGCCUAAGCAAAAUAAAUUGUCUCCUCGUAAUGGAAAAAUUGCUGUCAACUCGUUAAUCAUUAAACCUAAACGUGCUGCCAUCCUAGUCAACUGGAUUCAAAAAAAAGGUUAUAAAGAAAGUAUUCCAAUAGAUAGUAAAUAUAAACUUUACAAUAUUUAUCGCGGAAGUAGAGAUGGUUAUGAUAUCAAUACUAUACGUAAUAAAUGUGAUGGACUUGGUGCAUGUAUUUUGGUUAUUAAAACUAAAGAAAAAUCUAUAAUUGGUGGUUAUAAUCCUCUCGGUUGGAAAAGUAUUUCAAUUCAACACAAAAUAGGGAAACCAAGUUAUUGGGCUGAGACCAGCGAAAGUUUUAUUUAUUCUUUUAGUGAAAACGAUUGGGAUAACCUUAAGAUAAGUCGAGUUGCAAACAAAAAUAAAGCAAUAUAUGAAUCGACAUAUCAACAUUUACCAUUGAAUUUUGGUAACAGUGAUUUGGUUAUCAACAUUAAUGAAGAUGAUCAUAAAUCAGGUACGUGCAAGCUAAACUAUUAUGAAAGUGAAAUUUUAGAUACAAAUAAUUUUACCAUUGAAGAAAUGGAGAUUUUCAGAUUAUGUAUUAAGGAUGAAUGA